UUCCCCGGACUUUGCCAGGAGCCCCGUCUCUGCGCAGCCGCUUUUCGCACCCGACCCCCUCCACCUCGCCGCCCCGCCCCCUCUCUCUGACCUUCCCAUUUGUUCUCAGGGGAGGAGAGCAGACCCGGCUGCUUGAGCUUUACGCCACGGCGGCGGUGCUGCCGGAAAGCGUCUGGGUUUGCGGCAGAAGGUAUGUGCAUUUAUACAUAUGAAGACAGUGGAUAGUUUCAUUGACAAAUGAAAAUGGCUAACCCAUUAAGAGGAGAAGUUUUGAAUCUUUAUAAAAAUCUGCUGUAUGUCGGGAAAGACUAUCCAAAGGGAGCAGACUACUUUAAAAGACGUUUGAAGGCAGCUUUCCUUAAAAACAAAGAUGUGAAGGAUCCAGAGAAGAUCAGAGAACUCAUUGCACGAGGAGAAUUUGUUAUAAAAGAGCUAGAAGCCUUAUACUUCCUUAGAAAGUACAGAGCUAUGAAGCAACGGUACUACUUAGAAGAUGACAAAACUAAGUGAAUUUUUGUUGUUGCAAAUGCAGUUUACUGCUUAAGCUGUCUGAGCAAUAAUUGGUGGCACUUCUUUAUAUGUAAAUCAAAUAUUGCAGAAUAACUCUAAUGCAAAGAAUGUACACAAAAAUGCCCAGAAUACCUGAACUCUCUUCAACUUUAAAAAUUAUUUUAAUAGAUUCCAACUGAUACAGCUAUAAAUUGAUACUGAAAGCUUACUCAGCCAAGAUCUGUGGUUUUUUUUAAUUAUAGCAUCUGUCAAAACACUGAUGUAGCAAAAAUUUCAUUGCUCAAUUUACUGAAUAGGAACUUUAAACUUCCAUCAUUAAUCAACAUUGAAAAUUUUUAAUGAAAAUGUUCACUAGGCCUUAAAAAUAAAAACUUAUAGAUGAAA